AUGAUGGAGAGGAUAAGAAAAGAGAUGAUAUUGAUGGAGAGAGGUCUGCACAGUCCCGUGGCGGGGAAGAGGCUCGCAGACACGCCGGGAAAUUCGGUGCUGGAGGCCCUGGAAAACUCCCAGCACGGAGGGCGGCUCAGCCCGAGAAUAACUUCGGCUUCCCUCCAUGGAAAUCUUGGGGACAUCCCGACGAAAAGCAAAUUCGAGAUUGACAGUCUUUUCGGGUCGCACCACAACAGCGAGAACAGCUCGUCGGCGGAGAUUUCCUCCUCGGAAAGCAGGAAAAAAAUGAGCCUUUACUCCGAAGUUUCGCAAGAAUCCGAUAUAAACAGUGAUGUGGAGGUGGGAUGCCCUGCGCACCGCUCCCCGAGCCAGCACAAGGAAAACAACAAAGGUUUUUCAGACAGUAAUUCUGGAUCUUCCAACACGAGCUCGAGCUCCCUCUCGAACAUGAACGGCAGUUCGGGAGGCUCAAACAGUUCAAACUCCGACCAGGUCAGACGGUAUCGGACUGCUUUCACCCGGGAACAAAUCGGAAGGCUGGAAAAGGAGUUUUACAGGGAAAAUUAUGUUUCCAGGCCGAGACGGUGUGAAUUAGCUGCAGCGCUAAAUCUGCCCGAAACUACAAUUAAGGUGUGGUUCCAGAACAGGCGGAUGAAGGAUAAAAGGCAGCGCCUGGCGAUGUCCUGGCCCCAUCCGGCAGACCCCAGCUUCUACACCUACAUGAUGACGCACGCGGCAGCUACAGGAAGCCUCCCCUACCCUUUCCACUCGCACAUGCCUCUGCAUUACUACCCGCACGUCGGCGUCACGGCCGCAGCGGCCGCGGCCGCCGCCACCGGGGCCGCCUCGUCGCCCUUCGCCACGUCCAUCCGCCCCCUCGACACCUUCCGGGCGCUGUCGCAUCCCUACUCGCGGCCGGAGCUCCUGUGCAGCUUCAGGCAUCCGGGACUCUACCAGUCGCCCGCGGGCCUCAACAGCUCCGCGGCGGCUUCGGCGGCGGCCGCGGCCGCGGCGGCGGCGGCGGCGGUGAGCGCGCCCUCGGCCACCGGGCCGUGCUCGUGCCUCAGCUGCCACAGCAGCCAGGCGGCCAGCGCGCUCGGCUCCAGGAGCGCCAGCGCAGACUUCACCUGCACAGCGUCCGGGCAAAGAUCCGAGAGUGGAUUUCUGCCGUACUCGGCCGCUGUCCUCAGCAAGACCUCAGUCCCUUCACCGGACCAGCGGGAGGAGAGCUCCCUGAACAGAUAA